GACCCCAAAAACGUAAACUGUGAAACAAUAUGUAGCGUUGUAUAUUGCACCUCGUUAAGGAACCCUACGUGUGCAAGUCCAAUUCGCAUUUAGCCGGGCUUUUGAAAUCGUAUUAUCACGAAAUUCAAGUAAAACAUCCUGUAUAUUGCAGUACUCAGCAUAUAAUUUGACAUAGUGCUAUGUGGAUGUGGCAGGUCAGUGUGUUUACGUACCGGCGCGCCGGUCGGUCGUGCCAGAUGGUACACAGAUACGUGCCCAUUUGUAAAAACGGAAAAUAUUAACGUUAUAGAAGUUCUAUAUUUAUUUUUAACUGUGCGUGUGUGGUUGUGAAUGGAUAUUUCUUUAUCUAAAAUGGAUGUUAAAGAAGAGCUAAACAAGAAGAGCCAUGCGGACAGCGACGCUCUGGAGACGGUGCUUACGCACGUCGGCGAACUGGGCCGCUACCAGAAGAUGCUAUUCCUCGGCAUGGCGCCCUUCGGCAUCUUCUUCGCGUUCGUCUACUUCGUGCAGAUGUUCAUCACGGCCACGCCCCAGCGGCACUGGUGCAGAGUGCCCGAACUGGAGCAUUUGGAUCUGGAAUUAAGACGUAACCUCACGGCGCCGUCUGCCGGAGACACAUGGGAGCGGUGCCUGAUGUACGACGCUAACUGGACGCACGUGCUACAGAACAACUCCGUGCCCCCUGAUACACCCAUCGUGGCCUGCAAGAACGGAUGGGAGUUUGAGCUUGGGGACAUUCCCUAUGAGACUGUUGUUAGUGAGCGAGGCUGGGUAUGCGAGAAUGCCGGCUACACACCUCUCGCUCAGACCAUCUUCUUCGUGGGCUCGUUUGUCGGAGGCAUCUACUUCGGCUGGAUGGCUGACCACUUCGGCAGAGUGCCGGCUUUGGUUGGGUCAAAUGUCAUUGCGUUCGUCGGCGGAGUUGCCAGUAUCUACACGACGGGAAUAUGGGACUUCGCGUUCUGCAGAUUACUAGUUGGCAUGUCCUACGACAGCUGCUUUAUGAUCAUGUACAUUUUAGUGCUGGAAUAUGUAGGGCCCCGCUACCGCACCUGGGUAGCGAACCUCUCGAUCGCCUUGUACUUCGGUGGUGGGUGCCUCAUACUGCCGUGGCUUGCUCUGUGGAUCGGUGACUGGAGGAACCUGCUGUGGGCAACUACCAUACCGUUCCUCAUGGUCAUCGCUGUACCUUACACUGUGCCUGAGAGUGCGAGAUGGCUUUCUUCCCGAGGUCGCGUCAAUGACGCCGUCAAAGUUAUAAGGCGAUUUGAAAAAGUUAACAGAACCAAAGUACCUGAUGACGUUAUGGAUGAAUUUAUUGUUUCCGCAAGCCAGACAAGGCAGACCAACGAGUCAAUGAAGGACGUGUUCAAGAGCGGGCCGCUCCGUAAGAUGAUGUUGAUCAUGGUGGUGGUAUACAUGGCGUGCGCGGCCAUCUUUGACGGGCUGGUACGCAUGUCUGAGGGGCUCGGUUUCGACUUCUUCAUCACGUUCACCUUGACUUCAGCCACUGAGAUUCCGUCGGUCACACUGCUGGCUUUUGUUUUGGACAAGUGGGGUCGGAGAAUUCUGACAUGCGGACCCAUGAUCAUAUCAGGAGUACUCAUUCUAAUCGCUGCGUUUGUACCUAAAGGCGUCGCGCAGGUGUCGCUAGCGAUAAUGGCGCGUUUUCUCAUCAACAUGGCGUACAACGCCGCCAUCCAGUGGUCGGCGGAGUUGUUGCCCACGCCCGUGCGGGCGUCCGGCACGGCGCUCAUCCACGUGAGCGGCUACGUGGCCACCAUCGUGUCGCCCUACAUCGUGUACUCGGAACACGUGUGGAGAUCCCUCCCACUGCUCAUUCUAGGAGUGAUCGCGGUGGUGGGCAGCUCAGUCGGCUUGCUGCUGCCAGAGACAAACGGGAUGCAGAUGCCACAGACCAUAGAGGAGGGCGAGAAGAUCGUUUCCAGCUAUACGUUAUGCGGAAAAGUUGAAGAAGUUGAAGUCGAAAGUCCGGAAGAAAAUGAUAAAAUGAAAGCGUUGAUAACUUAACAGUCGGAUCACACAGUUAAAAAUGGAUCGCAUUUGACCGCCAGGUAGCCGAUUUGGCCGAACCAACUAAACAGCACAUUUUGUGCCUACCCUCCGAGACAUAAAGUUCUUUGUACUUAUGUAUAAUAUCGUAAGAAAAGGAUAAGUAUUACAUACUAAAUUAGUUAACCUCUUUUUAUUAAAAAAAUCUGGUGACGAGAGUUGUUAUAAAAAUAAUAGUUGUUUCAUUAAUUCAAAGCAGAGUUGUUUCGGAAACAAUUAAUAUUAUUUCCCUUUCUCAUUUAGUUCUGUCAAACAUCAUUGAGAAUAUUUUAGUAUUUUGUAAUAUCAUAAGAUUUUUUUAUCUCUAAUUGACUUAAUCGCUGUUUUCUUCAUAAAUGCCAGCUGGAAAAGGGGUUCGAAGCCUAAAUACGGCGUAUAACAGUACACAACAGUAUUUAUAAUAACAAAAAUCUUUCUUUCUAAAACUUUUAGCAGAGAGAAGUAAAUGAACGAAGUUGUCAUAAAGUUUGGUUUAUGAAUGUACGUUUUUAUUAUUUUAAAAUUAUUCUUUGCAUUAAAAAGUAAUGAAAAUCUAAUCGGUUCUAAUAGAUAUGUUUUCGUGGUUAUCAUACUAAACAAACGUGCUAGGUCUGGUCUAUUCUAAGAGAAAUAUGUAAUAAAUUGCUAAAUGGUGUUUGAAAUUCUAUUAUAUUUCUUCUACGUCGAAACAAAAUGAUACUUUAAUGAAAAUAUUUCAAUUUAAUAUUGUUACCUACUUAUUUAUUUACUUAAAACAUUCUGUGAUAAUGCGUCAAUUUUAGUAGAAGUGUUUAUUUUAAUAUUGAGUAAGAAUGAUAAAGUAAAAUUAUGCUUAUUUUAAGAAUAUUACAAUAAAAUUAAAGUACACAUUAUAUAUUUACUUAAUUAGCUAAGUAUACAUAUUCCGUUAUAUAGCAUUGUUAUAAAAAAUGUUAUUCGACAAAACAUCUGCAAACCUUACCCUUAGGUGGGUAUCUUAGUUAAUAUUUCACGCUCUCAAUCGUUUUUGAAUGUCAAAGGUCCAAAAAGUAUUGAUAAAAAAAAAAGAUAUAAAUUUCGGUACAUCGGUAAGAAAAAACACAAUAUUUAUUGGAUAUAUCAUAUUGGUAUAUAUCUCAAGUCACGUGUGUGCGUCACGUAUUAUAUUGGAAAUAUAUCGUUUGAUACAUUUUCGGCACAUAUUUUUUUAUAUCGAUAUAUCGAAAAAAAAUAUCGACACUUCGAUAUACGGAGUGCAAGUUGCUGAUAACCUGGGAUAACAAGAAGAGUUGAUAAAUAAUAAUAAUUUCUUUCUCAAUAACAAUAUGGCCGUCACUCUUACAUUGAUUAAAUAUGUUACUGUAACAAAUGUUCCUGUAACACUUGUUAAAAGCAAGUAUUGUUGUGUGCUAUUACCAUAUUAUCUGUAAUCUUAUACUAAUAUAUAAAGCUGAAGAGUUUGUUUGUUUAUUUGAACGCUAUGAUCUCGGGAAUUAUGGGUCCGAUUUGAAAAAUUCUUCCGGUGUGGGAUAGCCCAAUUAUAGAGGCUAUAGGCUAUGUAUAAUAACACUAAGACCUAUAGCAUCAAUAAAGAAUGUUCCAAAAUCGGUAUUUUUUUCCUUCUGAGAAUUUCCGCUGCAUAAACGGUUAAAGUUUCAAUAAAAUCAUGUAUGACAAAGUUAUACUGAAUGAGUACCGCAAUAAGAAUUUCACUCGCUAUGUGCCCAUUACAGAUAUGCUAUUGGGUACUUUCUAACAAUUUUAGGACCAAAUCUGGAAAGGACAUUAGAUUAUAUUUUUCCGUGUAAAAUAAAAUAUUUUUGUAAAUACAAUGAAUGCGUAAUACGUUUAAACAUGCGAUGUUUUAACAAGUCUGAAUUUAUUAGCUAAUUAUGUCGUAAAUUUUUUUUUUAAAUAUAAAAUCUAAUUUACAUUAAA